GUGAUUCUACUCUACGUUACCUCUUCAUCGGUCGUAACUUUCUGUACGUGGUGUUCGUGUCACUCUUCAAGAUUGUAGUGAUGUGGAACUUGAAAAAUAAAACAUAAUGGGAUUGAAAAUAACAACGGAAUAUUUAUUUUUAAUAGCUAUCGUGAGCCUCUGUGAAAUUGUACCAUGUACCCCCAAAAUUUCGGACAAAAGAUUGUGCUACGAUGCUGAGUGCACCGUUCCCAUAUCACAGGCAAAGACGGUGACGGUGUACCAUUCGCGAGACAAAGAUGUUCUGUCAUUCCCAUUAAAUGUGGAUGUGACAGUCUACAGCAAGGAGGCAGGUGAUAGAAAGGACCUCUGGGGGGUCGAGAUCCAGGGAAGGCGAGGCUAUGCUCCAAAGAGUUUCAUUCGCGAGAAGAAGGUCUUCCACAAACUCCAACACCUACACGAAGUGCCAACAGAGAGAAUUCCUUCAGAGAACACCUCCAAGGAUCAUAAGACCGAUGAGAAAGUCCCCCCUGGAUUUAUUGACAGCUCGAUAGAGGCUGGGAGUCCCUCACCAAUAACUCCACAAGUAUCACCCUCAUUCGAGGUAGUCGAUGGAACGACAAUUCAUUUUUCUACGGACGAUAUUAGAGAAGAGGAAAGUUACGCAACGAAAAUUCGUCACAGUCCUGGAUCCAUCGAUGAGCAGCCUAUUCUGAGUGUUCAUCCGAAUAUCGCAUCUAGUGAAGUUCAUCUUAAAGAAAAAUUGUCCUCGGCAACUGGGGAUUUGCCCCUGAAAACUGAAGAAGAGCAAAAUCAAGAUGAAACGGAAGAAAAAGUACCUAGAGAUGAGGAUAUAGUGGACACAGAGCAGAAAGCUGUAGACGAACCAAAUGAAAAUAAUGAAGAAGUACCUGAAAGUUCUCUGGACAAUGAAAUCAAAGAUGAUUCUCUUGAACUGGGGAUGAAAACGAGUCAAGAUGAAAGGGGUGAAGAAGGAAAAGAUGAUUCGGUUCCAGAUAAAGAAGAAACGAGUGAAGAAAAUGGAGCAGAACAGCCUCAGCAUUAUUUAUUCAGUGCUUUUGAGAGUGUCACUUCGAUAUUCGAUAGUUUAUCAACGACAGAGGCCCCAGGAGCUACCGAAACCGAUGAAGGAGGUUCACCCGAGGCUGUGACGACCCCUGAAGUAAUUCCAGGGACGAUGCCAGUGACUGAAAGAUCAGUUCCAGAAAGUGUUGAAAAAACUACUGAAAAAGUCGAGGGUAAAAAUUAUUCUGAAAGGGUUUCGCCUCCAGAGGAAAUUCCAGAGACGAUUUCUGCGACUGAUAACGUUGAUGUUGAGAAAAAUCCUGAAGUUAUUCAAAAUUCCACGGAGACUCCAUUAACUGGACAUAUAAAUUCCGAGACAAUUACUGUGAGUGAAAAUGCCAAUAGUAAAAAAAUUCCCGAAACGAUUGAAGAGAAAAAUUCUCCCAAGAUUGUAUCAACACCACCAACAAUACCAGAAACAACUCCGGUCACUGAAAAAGUUUUUACUGAGAAAACUCCGGAUUUAGUUGAUGCUGAAAAUUCUUCUGGGGCUGCAUUACCCCCAGAAACGAUCCCAGACGGGAUUCCUGAAGCAACUGGAACCGAAUCAACACCAGAGAGCAUCAUUCCUGACCAAAAAUUCGAAGGAAAUCUUUUUAUAACAGAAGCAUCAAAAGAUAUUGAGAUGAUCAACAGCAGUUCUUCAGGUAGUGCCCCAGAAAUCGAUGAGACAGUAACUGAAGGCAACGAAACAGCUCCUGAAAGUGUUGACAAGCCCCUUGGAGAUGAUAAGAAUGUAAUUCAGGGGGAUGGGCAGCCUGGCAUCUAUCGAAAGGAUGAAUUAUCAGGUCCUACCCAGAGUAUUGAUGAUAAUAACGUCUUGGACUUCAAUGGAUUUCAAAAUAGAAACUUGUUGAAUGUUGAGACUGAUCGAUCACGACGAGAAAAUUCAGGAAAAAUAUCGCUGAAGCCUCCCCAGGCAACCCAUGAUCCCCUUCCCCCAGUUAUUCCCGUAGAUCAACCGGUGGUUGCACAUCCAGAGUCCUCAACAGUCGCCCCGGAGCUCACAACCGAGACAGCAGUGGAGCAAUCGGAGUCGACGAUUGAACUUUCGAGUCCUGUCACUCCUGAAACCCUCCAAGAUCACCUCUAUCAGCCCCAGGAAACUCUUCCUCCAACCCCAGCCCUCGAAAAUACACCGACAACCCUUGAAGAACAUUUAAUUCCCUCAAAGCAGUGUGAUGCUCUUGGAGAUUGUCCUAAUUUUCAGGAAGAAACUCCUUCAGAAAAGCAGGAAGAUGAGGAGUUCUUCGGUACUGCCAUGGGCAGCGCUAUAAAAUUUGGUAGAAACUACUGGGAGGCACUAUCUUAUGUAGCUCUGACUGCCUUCACAACUCUGUUGUUCUCCCUGGGGUAUUAUUACAUUGAAAACAGAAGGAGAGAUGGAGAAUUCAUUGCUAAGAUCAAUAGAUUGGAAAAGGAAUUGUUGGUUGCCUCGAAGGAGUGCAGUGCUAUGGAUGAAACACUAAAGUCAACCAAAAAUAAGUUGACCUCGAUUGAAGAUGAGUCCUUUGGAUCGAAUGAAAUGGUUCUCUCCUUGAAGAAUGAAUUAGAUAAUGCACAUAAAGCAAAGUCCGAAUUGGAAGAUCAAGUAUCAGCCCUUGAGAGGGAUCUCGAGGGUGCAACCGAAGCAGGAUUAGAGUUAGAAAGAAUGUUACGGGAAAUUCUAGCUACUAAUAGUGCGGAAAAUCCUCUUGCCAAGUCUGUGGAAGACCUACAGGCACGUUUGAAUGCUCAACAGGCUGUCAACGAAUCGUUGACCAAUGCUCUACAUCUGAAGACUCAAGAGCAUGAUUUCGAUAAAUUAGAGAGCGAGACAUUAUCUCGAGAUUUAACAUUGACGACUCAAAAGUGUGAACAACUUGAAGUGGAAAUUGUUCGAAUGACUGGAGAAUUGAAAGAAGAAAAGGAAUUAAGGAUUAAUAUCGAAGGAAUGCUGUCUAAGAAAAUUGAAGACGUAGAGAAACAACACAAGGAUAUGUCUGCUGAAAGGCUUAUCCUCCGAAAGCAGUUGAAAGGCAAGGAAAUGGAGCUAAACGACCUCCUGGAGGUAGUCAAACAGUCCAAUACCCACAGCAUCGAUUUUGAUAAAUUAGCUGACGUGUCUCACAUCAAGGCAGAGGCCAUUCAACUAACAGAGGAGCGAGACGAACUGAAAAUAAAAUUGAGUGAGGUUGAAGGGGCCCAUCAUCUCCUGGAUGAACACAUGAAAGUCAUAAACGAGGAGGUAACAGCCCUCAGUGAGCAGUGUAAGCUGGCGGAGAAAGAGAAAAGAGAGGCUGAAACUCGUCUCGAGGUGCUCUCCAACUUCUUCAAGGAGAAAGAAGCAGAGAGACAGAAGGAGGAGGCUGCAUGGCUUCAGCAGCAGGGCGAAGUGUCAACCACUGUUGAGAGAUUACAGACUAUGCAUAACGAAAUAUUGAGUUAUAAGCAGCAGAUUGAGUCACUCAAGAGGGAGAUUCUUGAUCAGGAAAAGGAGUACAAGGCUCAGAUCACUAAUCUAGAAGCGAAGGCUCACGAACAAUGGGUGCUGGCACGACAGAACGAACGUCGUCUUGAGGAAUCUAAAUCGGAAGCAGCACAAUUGAGAAAUCGAUUGACUAUUAUCGAGAAAAACCUCACAGAGACCGAGUCUGACGUGAAAUUACAUCGAAUGGAGACUAAUGGAGAUCCAGGCACAUCUCCAUUAUUCUUAGGAGCCGAGGCAUCGAGUUCCCCAAUAAUGUUCUCAGGUACUACAGGCCCACCCCCUCCGCCUCCCUCCUACCUCUACGGACCUCCAUUACCCUACCUUCCACCUCCACUGCCACCACCUCUAGGAUUGGCCCCUUACGACGUGAGCCAACGUCCACCACCCCUUGGUGGUCGUCUAGCCUCGCCACCCCCUAUGCCGCCUCUCCUACCCCCAUCAAGUAGAUACGACGGCCCAGGCUCCCUCUCUCCACCUCCGCAUUCGCCACCUCUCCUGCCCCCAUACAACCCAAGGAAUUAUCCAGGACCAUUUGGCAACGAAAGAAUUCCCCCACCUUUACCACCACCAUGGGCUGAUGAACCACUGCCACCAGCGCGUAAUACAGCUUUCCACUCUUUCCAUCGAGAUCAUCGAACACGUGACAAAGGAUCUUUACACUCGUCCAGAGAGUCACUGGAUAAAUCACACCAUAGUGGGAAAGUUUAGGGCUUUUCUUUAUUUUAUAAAUAUUUUUUUCUAAAUUCAAUGUCAACCGUGUAACAAUUCCAUGUACAGUACUAGGAGUAUAAAUCAACCGAAGUAAAUUAUCGAACAGUUCUUAUUGUUUGUCUGAUGAUUAUUAUUUAUACUGCGCAUUAUUGUAUUUUUUAAAUGUAAACAAUCCAUCUCGUUUCAAUGAAUUGCAAAUGAUUUGUGUUGUUUCAACUACAUGAGUGAAGAUUUUUGUAAAAUAAUGGUGAUUGAACAAAUUCAUGAUAAUAAAAUGAUUUGUUACGCAUACUGUACGUAAACACUGUUGCAAAUGAAUAAAUUGUAAUUUAUUAUUAAA